AUGUCAACGGCAGAAACCGAUCGGUUAAAACAAAAUGUUGGUAAACUGAUAUCAACAAACGGCUUUCUCUCAACUAGCUUACUGGAAGAUGUUGCCUCACGAUUCCUAGGUGCCAAUGAUAGCACCGGUGAUCAGCGAUCUGUUCUAUUCAAAAUUGACUGUGAUAUGAAUGCUAUCGAGCAUGCACGUCUUGCUUCCUUACGUGAGUUCAGUGAGAACUUUGAAGAAGAAGAAAUCCUAUUUGAUUUGGAUACAGUGUUCGAGAUUGUAUCGAUUGAAACUGAUGCUAAGAAUCUAAUCCAUGUGCAAAUGAAAGUCACAGAUGAAGGACGCAGAAAUGCCCAGGACUAUAUUGACAAUGUGAAGAGAGAUAUUGCAGGUUCGAGUACCGCGCGAAUAAUCUUUGGGCGUCUUCUAGCAGACAUGGGCCUGUAUGAUAAAUGUGAAACGUACUUCCAACAGUUAAUAAGUAAAAGAGACAGUCAUUCUCAAAAGGAAGAUGAAGCAUUUCUUUACUACUACUUGGCAGGUGCAAAAAAUUAUAAAAAUCAUUAUGACGAGGCUCUCAAGAUAUAUCAGAUUGCGUAUGAUCUACUGAUGGAAGCUAAUCCACCCCGUCUCAUGCCAUCGUCUUAUGUUCUAAACGAAAUGGGAUCGGUGUGCAUGAGUAAAGGUCAGCCUAUACAGGCAAUGAAAUAUCAUCAACGUGCAAUGAAGAUUCGAGAAGAGUUAUCAGAUUACCGCGGUCUGGCUACAUCACUCGAGAGCAUUGGUAUCAUCCAGAGACAGCAAGGCGACUAUGACUCUGCACUUGAGAGUUUCACGAAAUGUUUCACAGUGCGAAAAAAGAUUUUUCCGGAAGAACAUCAACAGAUUGCCAGUUGUCUGCUCAAAAUUGCGAAUGUCUACAAGGAGCAAGAUAAGUUGGAUUCAGCUUUGAACUUUGCGAAGCAAGCAUUGAAGAUCAAUGAAGAAUGUCUUCCGAGUGGACAUCCGAAUAUCGGUGACUGUCUCCAGCGCAUUGGACAGAUUCUGUACUUUGGAGGGCGAAACGAUGAAGCGCUCAAGUACUACAAGCAUGCACUAACCAUACGAGAGAAUGUCUUCUCGACCAUGCAAGGAGGAGAUCAUCCUAAUAUUGCUAAAUGA